GCAUUUUCUCAUACGGUAUAGAGCGUUCUAGUCCAGGCCAAACUUGAAGUACAUACAACAAUUAUAUGAAGUUAACCAUCAGUGUCCAAAUCAAGCCGUUAUACUUUAUCUGUAUUGUCAUUCAGGGUAAGAGCGCACUUAGCCAGACGUGGUGGAGCCGCCGUGGCGGGCGGACGUGUCUCGUUGUGCUCCUCGAGUAGCAGUUAACGGAGGGUUGUUGUAUUUCUGUGCUCUGAGAGCCGUUGCUUGGGCAAGGGCUGAGAGUGAUGGUCAUGGAUCCCUCUACCGACAUAGUUCGCCGUCGUAAUACGGCGACCAAGACCAGCACUGGAGUGGUGGUGUGGGUGGCGGUGAGCUGCCUGGUGGGCGGCGCUCUGGCCUCCACACUUACUCAACACCAACACCACACAAACGGUCAAAGCAAAAACAUCACAAACCAACAAGAGAGAGAUGGGAAAUUUAUCAUCCUGGCGAAGAUCGCCCGCGUGCAGUGCACCACCACGGACUCCGCCCACCCCCUUGGCACCUGCAUGCCCAUUAAAGAGUGCGCCAGCAAAGGAGGCAAUUCCAAGGGCAGCUGUGCAGGCGGACUGGCCACCUGUUGUGUAAUAACGAAGACGUGUAACGAAGCCACAAGCGUCAACAACACGUACUUCGUUAACCCCGACGCCAACAGCCUGGAGCUGGGCGCCUGUACGCUCACCAUCAACCACCUUGACAACAACAUCUGCCAGAUGAGGUUCGACUUUAUAACCCUCGACCUCUCCCAGCCGGAUUCCAAUGGUAUCUGCACUGACGACUUCCUGACUGUAACCGGCGGAGUGUCCAGUGUUCCCAUGAUUUGCGGAUACAACAGUGGUCAACACAUUUACUACGAUGUGGACCCCAACGGUGGAGCCGUGAAGCUGACGGUAGACCGCUCGGCGCAGGCCUCUCUCCUCAAGACCUGGAACAUUAAGGUCUCCCAGAUCGCCUGUGACUCCAGGUUCCGAGCGCCCGUGGGCUGCCUGCAGUACUACACGACCACCGCUGGCACAGUCAGCAGCUUCAACUUCCUCAACACCAACACCGCCACUGGUCAGAGCAACAGGCAGCUGUCCAACCAGGACUACGGGAUCUGCAUCAAGCGAGCCGACAACUACUGCGGCAUCACCUGGGAACCAAACAAUGUUGGUGGCACCUUUGGCUUCACCAUCUCCGGAGCAGCCGAUGCUCUUGGACCAGACCUUAUAGGUACCAUUAUCACGAGCAGCCGGGACAGUGACUGUACUACGGACUACGUGGUCAUCCCCGGGGGGAUGUACACCACUUCCUCCACCAGUACUGUUGCCACGCCCGCUGGAAGGUACUGCGGCCUCGGCUUCCCUCCCUCAGUUACUACCACGUCCCAGCCCUUCAUCCUGUACGUGAAGACGGACGACAACGAGACGCGAGACACCAUCAACCGCGGCUUUAGACUCAACUACAGACAGAUUACCAGCUGCGCAUAAUUAUUAUUGAAUAUAUUAUUACUAUUAUGUAUAAUACUCCAACUGUCUCCACUUGUAAUUUGUUUACGUUGCUGUAAUAAUAAACAGGUCAAUAAUAACAAUAAUUAGCCUACUUGUUGCCAGCUGGGGCAUCACUUGUUCUAUAGACUCGGUCUUAAGCUGUAAGCCAAAUACUGACAUACGUAGAUUUUAGUAAGUCAAUAUUUGACUUGUACAUGAGACAAUCAAGCAAGAGGAUGAAUCUUCUAUAGAGUACAAUAAGUGUUUUUGUUAAAUGUUAAUUAACAUAAUUAUACAUUGCGCGUUUAUGCAUAUAGUUAGGUCUAGGUAAUAUUAAGUAGUGCUUUUUUGUGUAGGCAAGGUUUACAACACGGGUGAACGAAACUCGUCUCGAGUCAUAGCUUUGAACAUGUUCUAGUGAACUACAAGCCAAAUACUUACUUGUAAAUUUUAACAAGUCAGUAUUUGACUUGUACGUUGUGAACCUGACGGCCCUUGGUGAUAUAAUGAGCCGAGUCCCACAUUGUUAGCGAUAGUAGUGAGGAUGUUCUCCUCACCUGUAAAUUCUUGGUUGUAUAAUAUUUUUUUACUUAUUGAGUACAAUUGUGUUAUUAUUUUAUGUAUUAAUAUUCAUGAAUAUAAUAUGUAUUAAUGAACGCUUGUGAACGAAGGUUUUAAUUGUAUUAUUAUUAUCA